UUAUGUCAUCCAAUAACAGGUGUGUGGUGUUAUACCUAAACUUACGCAAGAUGAAAAUAUAAAGUAAAAGAUGUCGACAAAUUCUAUUCGAUUGGGAGCAACUUUGAAAAACGUAUUAUUGCUGUUUGAUCGAAGGUCCAGACAAUUAAAUCACCAACUAUGGAGAGAGAUUUCCUCAUCCCAUUCAAUGAAAGCCAAGUUUUAUCCCAGUGCUUAUGAUGCUGUUAAAGAUAUUCCGAAUAACUCCAAACUACUGGUCGGAGGAUUUGGUCUUUGCGGUAUUCCAGAGAAUCUUAUUGCAGGUUUACUUAAAACAAAAGUCAAGGGACUUAUUGUUGUCAGCAAUACUGCAGGGGUUGAUGACUUUGGUCUUGGCCUUCUUCUUCAAUCAAAACAGAUAAAACGAAUGAUUUCUUCGUAUGUUGGUGAAAACCAUGAGUUCGAGAGACAAUACUUGAGUGGAGAGUUAGAAGUGGAGUUGAUACCUCAGGGAACGCUUGCCGAAAAACUUCGCGCUGGAGGAGCAGGUAUUCCGGCAUUUUUUACGCCGACUGCUUUUGGUACUGAAAUACAUAAAGGCGGAGCACCGAUUAAGUUCGAAAGAAAUGGAGAAAUUGCAAUUUCAAGUUCUCCCAAAGAGUCCCGAGUUUUUAACGGCCAUCCUUACAUAAUGGAGGAAGCUAUUUCUGGUGGUUUCGGCCUCAUUAAGGCCUGGAAAGCUGAUACAAUGGGCAACCUACUUUUUAGGAAAUCAGCUUCAAAUUUCAAUCCACCGAUGGCCAAAGCAGCCAAUAUAACAAUCGUUGAGGUCGAAGAAAUCGUCGACGUCGGUGAGAUUCCACCUGAUGCCAUUCAUGUGCCUGGGAUUUAUGUUGAUAGAGUUGUCAAAGGUGAAAAAUACGAGAAAAGGAUAGAGCGACUUCACCUUUAUAAAGAUGGCAGCAGCAGUGGAAAGGUUCAAUCUGACCACGAUCUUCUACGCGAAAGGAUAAUUCGCCGUGCUGCUUUAGAAUUUAAAGACGGCAUGUAUAUAAAUUUGGGUAUUGGAAUGCCAAUGUUAGCGAGCAACUUUAUCGAUCCCAACAUUACAGUUCAUCUUCAGAGCGAAAAUGGAAUUUUGGGAUUGGGACCACUUCCUUCAGAGGAUGAAGUCGACCCAGAUUUGAUUAAUGCAGGUAAAGAAACCGUCACCGUUCUUCCAGGAGCAGCAUUUUUUGGAAGUGACGAAUCAUUUGCUAUGAUUCGUGGUGGCCAUGUCGAUGUGACUGUCCUUGGUGGUAUGCAAGUUUCUCAGUACGGUGAUUUGGCAAAUUGGAUGAUUCCUGGGAAAAAAGUUAAAGGGAUGGGAGGAGCAAUGGAUUUGGUUUCAUGUCCAGACACGAAAGUCAUUGUAACAAUGGAACAUAAUACUAAGGAAGGGAAGCAUAAAAUUCUAGAAGAAUGUACCUUACCGCUAACCGGUGAGCGUUGUGUCGACGCAGUAAUCACGGAAAAGUGUGUCUUUAAUGUUGACCGCAAAAACGGGUUGACGUUAACGGAAAUCUGGCCUGGGACGAGUAUUGACGAAGUCCAAGUGGAAACAGGAUGUCAAUUUUCAAUAGCAGAAGAUCUUCAUGAUAUGAAACAGGCUGAAUGGCACAAAUAAACGACUUGAGAAUUACUGCUGGUGGCUUUAGAUCUGGCAGCUAGAUGAUUAAUGAGAAUAUUGGCUUGAUUUUGUAUCAUAGAGAAAUCACGUCAGUGGCGAAUCUAGGACAAAAAUACGUCCAACAGCAUUUGCUUACAAGUAUUUUAAAAUGAAAAUAUGUUUUCAGUAAUAUUUUUUCAGACCUACCCUGGAUCCGGUAAUGGAAAUGAAUGUGACAAAAAGUUGUUUUUGUGGUAUUUACUUACCAAAACUUAGUAUAGCAACUAAGUUUGUAUACGAAUUUAUAGAAAACGACGAUGCAUAUACAAUAAAUUAUAGUCUUUAAAAGUACCUUUGGUGUAAAUAUUUUGGCUCAACUAAAACACAGAUAUAAAAUUUA